AUGUAUAUCAAACCUUUUGAGAUAGUGGAGAAAAUCAGCAUGGUAGCCUAUCGAUUAGCUCUUCCACCUACGUUGGCUCGAGUACAUGCUGUAUUCCAUGUAUCUAUGUUGAGAAAAUAUGUGGAAGACCUGGGACAUGUACUUAGUUACGAACAGUUGGAGGUGGAUCCGAAACUGUGUUACGAGGAGAAACCGGUGAGGAUUCUUGAUCGUAAGGAUAAGGUGUUGUGUAAUAAGACUAUACCCUUUGUUAAAGUGCAUGGGGUAACAUGGGAACCUGAAGACCGGAUGAGACAAUUAUACCCACAGUUGUUCUAA